UCACAUUACAUUACUCCAAGAAAUAAACCAACACUACACUAGUAUGUAUUCUAUUGCACUUUCAGUUCUCGUAGCCCUCAUCGGAAUCAUCUUGUUUUAUCGAUGGUUUUCCGGUGCUCAUUCAAACCUGCCACCUGGCCCGAAGCCUUUGCCAAUCAUCGGAAGCCUACACUUAUUAGGAACCCUGCCUCAUCGAGCCCUCCACAAACUAUCCCAAAUGUACGGUCCUAUUAUGUCUAUCCGUCUUGGUUCGGUCCAAUUUGUAAUAAUCUCCUCACCAGAUGCCGCCAAGCUCUUCCUUGGGACCACCCAUGAUGCAAUUUUCGCAUCACGUCCCAAAAUUCAAGCUGCAAAGUACUUAUCUUAUGGGUGCAGGGGAAUGGCCUUUUCAGAAUAUGGACCGUAUUGGCGGAGUGUAAGGAAGUUUUGUACAUUAGAGUUGCUAAGUGCUAAAAAGGUUAGUAGUUUUGUUGGGAUGAGAAAAGAGGAGAUUUCUUUGAUGGUGGACGAGCUGAAAGACGCAGCAAAGACGCGUAAAGUGGUGAAUUUGAGUGAAAGGGUAGGGGUUUUGAUUGAAGGGAUGGUGUGUAGGAUGCUUUUUGGAAAGAAAAAUGAUGAUAGAUUUGUGUUCAAGACUAUAGUUGAUGAAAUUACGGAAUUAGCAGGAAGCUUUAAUGUCGCGGAUUAUGUCCCCAUAUUAGCCCCGUUUGAUCUUCAGGGCUUGACAAAACGCAUCAAGUCCUUAAGCAAGGACGUCGAUCAUAUGCUUGAAAUACUUAUGAAGGAGCAUGAAGACCGAAGUCUUGAUGGGUCUAAAAAGCCAGAUGAAGUUGAUUUCAUUGACAUACUGUUGUCACAAAAACACAAUGGUGACCUAUCUUACACACUUGAUAGGUCAACCAUGAAAGCCAUUUUACUUGAUAUGAUAGUUGGUUCAAUUGAUACUUCAAAGACAGCAAUUGAAUGGACUUUAUGUGCUCUUAUCAAAUACCCUAGAGUAAUGAACAAGCUCCAAAAAGAGCUAAAGACCGUGAUUGGAAAUAAGCCGCUGGUUGAAGAAACAGAUUUGACAAAACUAACUUACUUACAUAUGGUAGUUAAGGAAACUUUUCGGCUUUAUCCAGUAGCUCCACUUUUGGUUCCUCAUCAAUCAGUCGAGGAUACUAUGAUUAGCGGUUACAAUAUACCCAAGGAUACAAGAGUUCUUGUAAAUUUUUGGGCAUUUGGACGUGAUCCAAAAGUGUGGUCGGAUAAUUGGGAGGAGUUCCUUCCAGAGAGGUUUCUUAAUCAAGAUAUAGAUUACCGUGGAUCUGAGUUUCAGCUUAUACCAUUUGGCGUCGGGAGAAGAGGGUGUCCUGGAAUGAAUUUGGGAUUGCUAAGCGUUAACUUGGUGGUUUCGAACAUAGUACAUUGCUUCGAUUGGAUGUUACCAAAUGACAUGUCACCAAGUGACCUCGGUAUGAAAGAAAAAUUUGGAUUAUCAAUGCCGAGGGAUGAGCCCUUAUUAGCCAUUCCAGCAUGUCACAUUUGAGCUUAAACGUUGGCAAUGUUAAUGAUACAUUGAUACUUGAUAUUUAUAAAUAAUGAUUGGCCUGUUUAUAUAGGUUUGAAAAGAAUAGUAUGUAUUGCCUGCAUCAUGUGUCUAAAUUUGUAAUUUGAUAUAUAUAUUGUAUAUGAGUUGUAUAUGUAUUUGUAGUUGUCUGAA